AGUUACCUCGCAGUUGCGCUACGUGGAACAUUUUUAAACAGUUUUGCCGGCAGGCCGGCACCAGUUUUCGACGAUGGCCAUAAGCAGCGUCAGUUUAAUCACUUUAGUGGCCACCGGGAUACUCCUGCGUGCCGUCAUUUCGUUGCAUUCCUACUCGGGUGAAAGCAAACCGCCAAUGUAUGGCGAUUUCGAAGCUCAACGACAUUGGCAGGAAGUUACCGUAAACCUUCCAGUGAGACAGUGGUACGAGAACAGCACCGACAAUGAUCUCCUGUACUGGGGACUGGACUAUCCCCCGCUGACGGCUUACCAUAGUUUUCUGCUCGGAAAAUGGGCCAUGGCACAGGAUCCUUCUUUCGUGAGGUUGCAUGAAUCGCGCGGUAUCACUACGGGGGUACACAAAAAUUUCAUGAGGAACACCGUCCUGCUAGUGGAUGGUUUGUUGUACAUACCGGCUCUCGUGUUGGCUUGCUAUGUGGUUCGUCGUAAAAUUUUCGGUGGUGAAACCACCGGCAGUGAUCUGCUUGGCAUGGCCGUGGCGCUCCUAUAUCCUGGUCAAAUCCUGAUCGAUAAUGGACACUUUCAGUACAACAACGUGUCACUCGGUUUGGCUGCGUUGGCGAUUGCAGCAUUGCUCGCGGAUAGGAACCUCCUAGGGUCGGCGCUGUUUGUGGCCGCCCUCAACUAUAAGCAGAUGGAGUUGUAUCAUGCGCUGCCGUUCUUUUUCUAUUUGCUGGGAUGGUGUUUUCAACAUUCGAAAGGAUUCGAUUUUAAGAAAGGCGUGCUAAAUCUCACCGUGCUAGGCACGGUAGUUCUGCUAACAUUUGCCGCCAUAUGGAGCCCUUGGUUGGGUUCGAUUGAUUCGACCGUUCAGGUCAUUCAUCGAGUGUUUCCGAUUGCGAGGGGUGUUUUUGAAGAUAAAGUUGCGAAUAUCUGGUGCAUUGUUAAUGUUUUCAUAAAAUUAAAAAAUUUCGAAAACGCCCGGAUGGCUUUGAUUUGUCUGUGCUGCACGUUGUGCGCUGUUUUGCCAAGCAGCUUAGCUCUGCUUUUCAGACCAUCGAAGCGAAAUUUUUUACUGGCUCUAGUGAAUUCGUCACUUGGUUUCUUUCUGCUUAGUUUUCAAGUUCACGAAAAGUCUAUUCUGCUAGUUUCCCUACCGGUGAUGCUGCUGUUUCAGCUAUGCCCUCUUCAGUGUUUUUGGUUUCUGCAGGUGGCCACUUUCAGCAUGGUACCUCUCUUACACAAAGACAGUUUAUUAAGUGCUUAUGUUGCGUUAACAAUUCUAUCUUUUGGAGUACUUAAAGUAUCUCUGUUUGCACUGAAUAAUUUUCAGUCUUCCAAAAAGAGCUUCCUGUUGGAUUGUUUUAACUUAAAUUCAUUGCUUCAAAAUCGUCCUGGCAAAAAAUCACUUGUCAACACGGCUUUAUUACACGGGUUCUACACUUUCACAGUAGGACAAGUGAUACUUCUGAUUUGUUUCGUUUACGUUCAACCUCCCCGGCAUUUGCCUUUUCUGUGGCCGCUUCUCAUCUCGGCGUACAGCUGUGCACACUUCGUACUGUUUUUUAUCUACUACAAUUAUCUACAGUUCGUGACGAACGAUAAUUCAAAUGUGACUAGCCAUAAGAAGUCAGACAAAAGAAAACGGAAAUAAACUGAGAGCGUUGAUUACAUUGUUUCGUAAGGUUUCGUACUUUUUAUUAUGUUAAUCUAUUCUAUUGAAGAAUUCCAACAAUAUGCAGUAGGCUGCGAGUAGCCGUCUCUAUGGACAACA